UGGUAUCGAUAACCGGACACAUUCCAAUUACUUGGGAGUUUAUUUUGGUUAAAGUAACAGGUUGGUCACCGGAAUCAAAGGAGCAAAGUCGUCCAGGUACAUCCCCUCGAAUUUUCCCGUCUUCAUCAACCCCAACCUACGCAUUUCUAUCACCCACUCUGUUUCCUUCCCUACAAAUAUCAUUCACAGGAAAACACAAAUCUGUAAUUACAAUUAUAUCCUUCGUCUGGACGAUGCGAUUCUACCGCCGCUGUUUCUCCGACUGUUUCCGCCGUUGUCGCUGUUCGUGUUCUUGUUACUGUUGCUGUUGUCCUCCUUGAAAAUCUCCGAAGGUUCGGUUUUUAUCUCUGUUUUUCAUUUCAGAAUUGUGGGAUUGUAAUGGAUUUGAGUCAAUCUCAGUCGAGUAAUUUGUCGUUAGGGUUUAUUACUCACGCGUUACCAGCGGUGAGUAAACCUAAUCGGUCUCAUGUAGCCGAUGAUUCGAUUGCUUUUCAGAUUGAUUCUAGGGUUAAGGACCAAUCGGAUCGGGUUACGCCGAUUCCACUUCAAUUGAUGGAUAAGCAAACGGAGGAGAACGGGAAGGAAGGGGGAGAUAGUGUGGAUGAGGAGCGGGAUGUUGAGGAAUUUCGGAUUUUAGGGCAUUCUAUGUGUAUUAAGAGGAAGAGGGAAACUGAUGCCGCGUCAUCUUCUUCGUCUUCGAAGAGUUUUAAGGUUACGAGUUCGAAUGAGAAUUUGUUAGGGCUAGAAUCGAGGAGAAAUGCGGUUAGGGCUUGGGGUAAUCAGGGUUUACAAGUAGCUGAUCCGGAUGUAUUUGAGAUAAUGGAGAAGGAGAAGCAGAGGCAGUAUAAAGGGAUUGAAUUGAUUGCUUCGGAGAAUUUUGUAUGUAAGGCUGUGAUGGAGGCAUUAGGGAGCCAUUUGACAAAUAAGUAUUCUGAAGGAGCACCUGGGGCAAGGUAUUAUGGUGGCAAUCAGUUUAUAGAUGAAAUUGAGACGUUAUGUUGUAAGCGUGCAUUAACUGCUUUUGGACUUGACCCAGAGAAUUGGGGUGUGAAUGUGCAGCCAUAUUCAUGUACUUCAGCAAACUUUGCGGUUUAUACUGGUUUAUUACUGCCUGGUGAUCGGAUAAUGGGAUUGGAUACACCAUCUGGUGGAAAUACUAGUCAUGGGUAUUAUCUUCCCAAUGGAAGGAAAGUUUCAGGGGCUUCAAUUUUCUUUGAGUCUCUUUCAUACAAGGUUGACCCCCAAACUGGGUAUGUAGAUUUUGAUAAGCUUGAGGAAAGGGCUCUUGAUUUCCGUCCCAAGAUUCUUAUAUGUGGGGGGAGUUCAUAUCCCAGGGAUUGGGAUUAUGCAAAGUUUAGACAGAUUGCUGACAAAUGUGGUGCAGUUUUGUUGUGCGAUAUGGCCCAAAUUAGCGGUCUCAUUGCUGCGAAGGAGUGCGCUAGUCCGUUUGAUUAUUGUGAUAUAGUUACCUCAACUACUCACAAAAGUCUUCGAGGUCCUAGGGGAGGUAUUAUCUUUUAUAGGAAAGGUUCAAAACCAAGAAAGAGAGGCCUGCUCUUGAAUCAAGGUGAUGGCAGUGACAAGUAUGAUUUUGAGGAGAAAAUAAACUUUGCUGUUUUUCCUGCACUGCAAGGAGGGCCACACAACAACCAUAUUGCUGCCCUGGCCAUAGCAUUGAAGCAAGUGGCUACUCCUGAAUACAAGGCUUAUAUGCAACAAGUUAAGAGAAACGCUCAGGCGUUGGCAGCUGCUUUAUUGAGAAGAAACUGCAGACUGGUUACUGGAGGGACUGACAAUCACAUGAUAUUGUGGGAUCUAAGAAAUCUUGGGUUAACAGGUAAGAAUUUUGAGAAGGUCUGCGAGUUGUCUCACAUCACUCUCAACAAAGUAAUGGUCUUUGAUGAUAAUGGAAGUAUUACUCCUGGAGGUGUAAGGAUAGGGACCCCCGCUAUGACAUCACGAGGCUGUAUAGAGAGUGAUUUUGAGACGAUGGCAGAUUUCCUCCUCAAGGCAGCACAUAUUACAAAUUUGAUACAGAGAGAACAUGGAAAGCUCGCAAAGACUUUUCUGAAAGGCCUUGAGAACAAUAAAGAUGUUAUUGAGUUACGAACACGUGUUGAAAAUUUUGCAGCCCUUUUUGCAAUGCCUGGAUUUGAAGUGUAAUCUAGCUGGAAAUCUAGUUCUGGUGGAGGAAUUCUUUCUUUAUUCGUUGACCAACCUUUGCUGUGGAUGGGGAGAACCGCAGUGCACCGAACUCGUGGUCAGUAAUUGAAUAGGCUUGAGAUGUGUUCAAGUACCCCUUGAGCUUUGCAAGCCUGAAUUAACUUAUGAUAUGCCACGUUGGAGUGUAUUGCAUUCUUAUCUACUGCCAUGGUAAAUUGGAGUAACGGCAAAGUGUUAGUAUUUUUGUCGAUGGUUUGGUAAAUUAAAUAGUAUUAUGUCAUGGGGGACUGGAUUCAUUAUCCUAUAGCUGUUUCGAUACACUGCCGUUUUGGGGCUCAUUAUUGUUUUUGGUUGUACCUAUGUUAUUAUCUUUAAUAUUCAACUUGUAUAUACUCUAUAGUUCUCUUAUUGAAAGAGGUUACAAGGUUGAAUGUACAUUACAUACGAGAUAAUAAGACACAGGAAAAAUAGAAGGGAAGGUUUGAAA